CAGGCUUACAAGGACGACAAUCAUUUAUAUAAUUUUUUGGUGGAAAGUUUCGUCCCUGAUUGGCAUGUGCUAAUCCUGAACGACACUUCACGCACAUGCAUUAAGCCCAGUUUUACCAGAACGCGCCUCAAUCGUUUCUUGACCCGUUCACACAAAAACUAAUGCAGUUCGAGACUUUAAAUACUAGUAGUCAAGUAGUCGUGCACAUCAUAUUACAUUUCAAACAUGGCCAGACAAUAUCAGUGUGGUUUGGAAACCAUGCUCCUUAAAAGUUCUCUAAACUUUAUAUUUUGACACCCACUAUAUUAUAAGGAAAUAUAAGUUCCAGGGUAAAGCUAAAAAAUCGCCAAAUGCUGCUUUGUACUCUGUAGAGAUCACCAAUCGUUUUGUCCUUACUUAUAAUUGUUCGUACAUGCAUUAGGUGUACGUGGCUUUGCGUUUUCAAACAUCAGCACUACGGAAUAUUCGACCAUGUCUGAACUACAACACGUAUCAGCAACGUCAUUGCAGCCCAGCUUUGAAGUCAGCCAUUAUUUGGCCUCAUCAAAUAUAAUUACGACGUCGUUGGCUGUGGAUGUUCAGUCGACUUUCCCGCUUCCGGUGUUAGUCAUUUCGGAAAUGACGUCACUCCCCACAUCAACUUUAGCCUCAGUUUCACUCCAAGAACAGAGCGGGUCGGCUGCUGAACCCUCGGCCGGACCUUUUCACAUGGACCAAUCGACGAAAUACUCAGACACGGCAUCCAUUCUUGAAAGCAGUCAUGCGCAGAUGUCUGUAUUCGGUGGCGCCGAAUUAUCGUCUGCACAGAAUGCCAUCCUAACGCAGCCCACUUCUUAUUCAAUUUCAAGUUUAACGCCGCCGUUAAAGACAUAUUACUCAAUUACGGAUACAGAUUUAAAUCAAAUACAAGCUUCCGUCGAUGCUUCAAACGUCACAGUAACAAUCGCACCAUCAGCAGCAGCGACGAAACACUUCAUAUCACAAAGUCAUUCAUUUAGCUUUUCUUUAUCCGCGACUGGUACUCCGUCUAUCAACAUGCCGUUAUAUCCACCGCUUGUCCCUGCAUUAGUUCCGACCAUCGGAACACCUCGGAUAUGUGGGGCCAGUGUUGGAUGCUGUACGCAUGCGCUCGGUCAAUUGCCGUCCGCGAUUAUGUUCGAGGAAUCCGAACAGUCAGGCAAGGUGCUGGCGAUGAUGCGUGGCGUGUACAAUAUGACUAUGACUGUGACCAUUGUGGGGUCACCGCAACUUCCGGGUCUGCUUCAGGGCGUCUUCAACUUCACCACUUCUGGUUCCACGGUCGCCCUGGUUCUCGCGAAACACGUAGAUUUAGAGGCACUAUACAAACGUGCAGGCGAAGACCCUAGUGUGACUCAUUUCCAGAUAAAAAUAGACUGCACGGACGCGACUAUGAUAGUGGUGCCUCCCCGGCUCGUUAACGUCACCAUAGCGGAUGUGGACGACUCGAUGCCGGUGUUCCUUCACCAGGAGACCGCCGCCGACACCGACUGCGUGGUACCUGUCUAUAGCGCUGGAACCAGCGAGGACUAUAUGGGCGAGCUAUCAUUGUCUCCAGGCAACAUCGAGGCUGUGGAUGGGGAUCUGACGUCUCAACACAACAUUUCCUACUCCGUCAUACACUCGGAACCGGAAGACUAUCACGUGUACUUCGACGUGAACGUCGACACAGGCAAGGUGAACAAAACGCGCAAAAUGAACGCCAGCAGCCCGAAUAAAUACGUGCUCUUUGUGAAGGCGAAGGAAGAUUCUCCGCAGCAGAGGUCCCGGGUGGCGGUGUUGUCUAUCGUCGUCAUGUCGCCGGUAGACCCCUUCAGCGCCUCAGACUCCGCCGUAAACCCGACUGUGAAGUUCGGGCUUCAGAUCGCCUCCGCUGCCGUCCUUCUGGCCUUUCUCGCCGGCUUCGUCGUCAUAAUACACCACCGCUACCGGCAGCGACAUACCAAGAUCCAUACCGAAAACAGCCGUACCGGUAACAGCCAUAAAAUCCAGUUCGCAGUUUACGAGAGUUCCAACUCCAGUCUGAACACCACGAUUCCAGACAAUCCCGCCAGCCCGAGUCAGGUCACAUUGGACAAAGAUUAUUUGUCAGUUCCGCCGUGGGGUUACGUUGGUUCCGGUUUGUCAGAAAGCAACAUGUCUUCCAUUUCAUCAGAACGAACGUCUGACGCGAGCACGCGUAGAGGGUCGGUGUACUCCACGCAAUCGCAGAACAAGCGGACAUUGAUUGUGACGAAACCACUGGAUCCGAAACUAAGACCCGGAUGGAAUGCCCCGCCCCCACGACCAAAGAGAACGCUAUAUAAUCCGUUGGCAAUUUGGAAUCAGAGUAAGCCAAAUGGCGAUAAAAGUGGAAAAAUCAAAUAAGCGUGCACGUUUAUUUAUAUAUGAGCCGCGUUCGGAUCAAUAUGUUAUUGUUUUCUGUUUAAAAAAAUGUUACCUUCUACCAUAUGAGAUGUACAUAAUUACAUUUAUGUAAAACAGGUAUAAUUUCUUAAAACUUGCACAACAUUUACAUGAAACUUUAAAUUAAUGCAAAUAUGCAUGAAUAGGUCAUAUGCACUGCAGAAUCUUGUAUUGAAAAUAACGUAAAAUAGUAUCAAAUGUUGCUUUAAUUGAUGUAAAAUAAGCAUUUUUCCAUUCAAUAUUGUGUUCAUAGGAAGACAUGCUUUGCUCCCAUUUCUGUUAUUGUUUGAUUUCAUGUUCUACUAAGGUUUGUGGUAGAUUAUAAAAGUAUUUACACAUUAGUGUGUACCUUUUAAAGUUUCGUGUAAGUGUUGAAAUCGACAAAUUCCAUUUCAUUUGUUGGUAAGAUAUUUGGAGCGUGUGUUAUAUUUACUAGUUCAUUAAGUUUUAAAAGCUUCAAAUGUAUUAGGUUUUUUUCCCUAAAGAAAAUAAAUCGCUUUAUAUACA